UGAUGCCUCCUCGUCUCUCAGAUGAACCCUUCACUGUGCCGCGGUCGCCUCCUCGUCUUCUCUGAUCGUUUGCGUUUACGCUUCAGUACAGAGCACCCACUGAAGCCCCCGCCCACCCACGGUACCCGGCAGAGACACAUCUAGACCCCGGUAGAGACCCCGUUAGAGACCGGACUCCGAAGCGGAGCUGGGGAGGAAGCUGGAGCCAUGGGUUUCUCCUCCAGCCUCGGAUGAUCCGAACUAAGCUGGACCCACAAGACUCGGCCAAGCGGCCCCUGCCUCCAGCGGGGGCUCCCCUCUCCCCGUCGCCCUCCCCAGCUAUGGCAGGCUUCAAGCGGGGCUACGAUGGCAAGAUCGCUGGCCUGUACGACCUGGACAAGACUCUGGGCCGCGGCCACUUUGCCGUGGUCAAGCUGGCGCGCCACGUCUUCACCGGGGAGAAAGUGGCGGUGAAGGUGAUUGACAAGACAAAGCUAGACACGGUGGCCACAGGCCACCUCUUCCAGGAAGUGCGCUGCAUGAAGCUGGUCCAGCACCCCAACAUCGUGCGCCUGUAUGAAGUGAUAGACACUCAGACCAAGCUUUACCUCAUCUUGGAGCUCGGCGACGGAGGGGAUAUGUUUGACUACAUCAUGAAACACGAGGAGGGUCUGAACGAGGAGCUCGCGAAGAAAUAUUUUGCCCAGAUUGUCCAUGCUAUCUCCUACUGCCAUCGGCUGCACGUGGUGCACAGGGACCUCAAGCCCGAGAACGUGGUAUUCUUUGAGAAACAAGGGCUGGUCAAGCUCACGGACUUUGGAUUCAGUAACAAGUUUCAGCCGGGGAAAAAGCUGACCACUAGCUGUGGAUCUCUGGCGUACUCUGCGCCGGAAAUACUGCUGGGUGAUGAGUAUGAUGCUCCAGCCGUAGAUAUCUGGAGUCUCGGUGUGAUCCUCUUCAUGUUGGUAUGUGGCCAGCCCCCCUUCCAGGAAGCCAACGACAGCGAGACUCUCACCAUGAUCAUGGACUGUAAAUACACUGUACCGGCUCACGUCUCCAGCACCUGCAAAGAUCUGAUAGACCGCAUGCUUCAGAGGGAUCCCAAGCGACGGGCCUCCCUGGAGGAGAUCGAGAGCCACGCCUGGCUGCAGGGAGUCGACCCGUCCCCCGCCACCAAGUACAACACCCCCCUGGUUUCCCACAAGAACCUGUCCGAGGAGGAACACAACAGCAUCAUCCAGCGCAUGGUGCACGGAGACAUCGCCGACCGAGAGGCCAUAGUGGAAGCCCUGGAGACCAACAAGUACAACCAUAUCACAGCCACGUACUACCUGCUGGCAGAGCGCAUCCUGAGGGAGAAGCAGGAGAAGGAGGUGCAGACUCGCUCGUCCAGCCCCAGCAACCUCAAGGCACACUUCAGGCAGUCGUGGCCCACCAGAGUGGACAUGCACCAGGACAUCGAGGACAGCCUGGCAGCGUCCUCCAUGGCCCACGCCGGAGGCCCCCAGUCCCCGGCCCGCAGCGCAGAGAACCUGCUCAACGGACACCGCUCCAAAGGCCUGAUGGAGCUAGGCCGCCGCGAGGACGCCACGCUGAGGGACUCGGCACAGGGAGCCACAGCUGCUGCGUCGGGCCCCGCUUCUGGCUCUGGGACCGCCAGGGCCCCCACAGCAUCCACCUCAGCAGCAGCAGCCGCCAAGCAGCGCAGCUGCCUGUUCAGGGUGGAGGAGGAUGAGGAGGAGGAGGAAGAGCAGGACCCGGCUCCCCUGCCGACCCAGGUGGUCCUGAGGCGCAAGCCCCCCUCCAUCACCAACCGCCUCACCUCCAGGAAGAGCGCCCCCGUGCUCAACCAGAUCUUCGAGGAGGAGGGCGAGUCGGACGACGACGUGGAGCAGGACGAGGGCCUGCCGCCCAAACUCAGCCGCCUGAAGAUGAACAUGGCGGGGAACGCCGGCGGCCUGAGCGCCGGCGCCGCCUCGGCCUCGUCUCCCAGCUCGGCGCAGAAGCGCUACCACCGCCGCAAGAGCCAGGGGAGGGGCUCGUCGUGCUCCAGCUCGGAGACCAGCGACGACGACUCGGAGAGCCACCGCCGGCGGCUGGACAAAGACUCAGGCUUCGGCUACGGCUGGAACCGGAGGGACAGCAGCGAGGGGCCGCCAGGCAGCUCGGGGGGCACCGGGGGGGGUGGCGGCGGCGGCUCGGGGCAGGGGGGCGGCGCCUGCGGGCCAGACAGGGAGAGUCCUCCUGCAGGGGGCGGGAGCGGAGGGGGAGGAGGAGGAGGAGGAGGAGGAGGGAGGGGGAAUAAAGGACAGGACAGUCCCUCCAGCUGCUGCUGCAGCAACAACAACAGCAGCAGCGGCAGCCGCAGCCCCGCCCCCAGCUCCCUGGCGCGCCCGUCCCGCACGGCCAGCCGCGGCGGCGAGCUGGUGGAGAGCCUGAAGCUGCUGAGCCUGUGCCUCAGGGGGCGGGGGGGGCAGCUGAUCAUCGACCCCGGCAGCCUAUCGGGAGGGAGCGUGAAGAUCCAGGAGAAGUCCUCCUGGAGGAUGUGCAUCGGCUCCACCGCCCCCAACACCACCACCGCCCCCGCCGCCCCCGCCCCCGCCCUGCCGCGUGCCCACGCCUCGCACCCCCACCGCAGAACAGCGGCGCCCGGCCCCCACCGCGCCAGGGACGCUCCCAGCAGCCUGAGCGCCCUGAAAAGCGGCAUGCUCCAACUACCUCUGUGUGAGAAGAUCUCGGUGAACAUCCAGGGCGGGGGCGGGGGGGGCGGCGGGCGGGACGGCCUGCUCUGCACCGCCGCGCCCGCCAGCUGCUGCCACGUCAUCUGACGCUCCGCCUCCGGGGUCGAGCUGUCACGCCUGCCCUUCCGCUGUCUGUCUCCACCCCCAUCACUGUCUGUCUCCACCCCCAUCAC